AUGGACAAAGCUAUAUCAGUGAAGUUGGUGCCAAGUAGGAGAAAUGGGACUGAGGAUGAAAAUUUUAAAUUCAGAAGAUAUCUAUUCCAGUGGGAGGAGGAGGAAUUGGGGAGGUUGUAUGAGAUGUUACUCAAUGCUCCUGUCCUUAGGGAAGAAAUGAGUGAUAGAUUGAGAUGGGGCACAAAGACAUCAGGGCUAUUCUCUAUUGCCUCAACAUACAAGUGGUGUAAGUGGAGUUUUGUAGAUAAUAGUAGAAUAGUAGAUUUCAUUUGGAAGAAUGUUUCUCCACCUAAGGUUCAAUUCUUCAGUUGGUUAGCCUGGAAAGAAAGGAUUAAGACAUCUAGCUAUUCACAAAGAAUUAGAGUUCUCAGUGAUGAUAUAGAUAUUAAUUGUAUUUUUUGUAAAGAGGUGGUGGAGAGUGUCAACCAUGUGUUACUUUUUUGCCCCUUUACUUGGAAGAUUUGGUCUAGAAUUUUAAACUGGUGGGGUAUACAAUGGGUAAUAUCUGGGUCUGUGAAUAGCCUUUUAAAUUGGUGCACUGGUAUUAAGCUUAAAAAACAGAAGAAUAUGAUCUGGAGAGCACUCCCCCUAGCUGUGCUUUGGUCAAUUUGGAAGCAGAAAAAUGAUAGCAUCUUCAACAAUGUACAGGUAGAUCUUGAUGGUCUGUGUGAAUCCAUUAAGGUUAGGAUUGUAUUGUGGGUUAAAACUUCUUGUCCAUCCUUCAAGUCCUUAGUGGAUGACUCAGUUCAUAAUCUUCAACAAGUGAAAUUUUGCAUAAGGGGUGAGACUUGA